UCCCGGAAUACUUUAUACACAUAUUCACUCUCUGGUCUCAACUGCAAGUUGUAAAAACACUUAAAAAACAACUAAUGGUUUCCAUGGAAUCACACCGACCCUGCAGAUUAUUACCAUUACUGAAUCCUUCUCUUCCUCUCAAAAUCUUUCUUCCUAGAGAGACAACUUUCCCGGAAAACGAAAGAAAAAACACUGCUUUCCCAGAAAAUGGUCGAGCCAGAAGACGAAAGCCAAACUCCAGCCAUUCCGCCAAAGUCAAAGAACAUAGUGGACGACAGAGAAGCUGCGCUCAUGGACUUUGAUCUUGACCUCGAUGCUUUUUGGCCGUUGGAUCCGAUUCACUUUCCUUCUAACCCCACGUCCCCGCCUUUGUUCUCGUCCACUGACCAGCCCUGUUCUCCUUUAUGGGGUUUUCCUGAUGGUGAUGCUGAUAAUGAUGAUAAGCUCGCUGGACAAGUUGAUCAAGCUCUUUCUGACCGUCCUCAAUUCAGUUCCUGUAUUCCUGAUCCGGGAAGGGAAAUACCAAGAGAGAAUGAGGACAGAAGAAUGCUUACAUCCCCCUCUUUGGGACUGGAUCCUGUUGAAAAUCCUGAAGCUUAUUGCUUAAUUAAAGAGAAGAUCACUCAAGCUCUGAGACAGCUCAAGGAAUUGACUGACCAACAUGUUCUAGCACAGGUUUGGGCACCAGUGAAGAAUGGGGGUCGGUAUGCGCUCACAACUUCAGGGCAACCCUUUGUUCUUGAUCCUCAUACUAAUGGACUUCAUCAGUAUAGGAUGGCUUCUCUGAUGUAUAUGUUUUCUGUGGAUGGAGAGAGUGAUGGAAUGCUUGGGCUCCCUGGCCGUGUUUUCCAGCAAAAAUUGCCAGAAUGGACCCCAAAUGUUCAAUACUACUCCAUCAAAGAGUAUCCACGGCUUGGUCAUGCUCAGCAUUACAAUGUUCAGGGAACCUUAGCUUUGCCUGUGUUUGAACCCUCUGGACGGUCCUGUGUUGGUGUUCUUGAGCUCAUAAUGACUUCUCCGAAGAUCAGCUAUGCUUCUGAGGUUGAUAAAGUUUGCAAAGCACUUGAGGCAGUAAGUCUGAAAAGUUCAGAGAUAUUGGAUCAUACAAGCAUGCAGAUUCAAAUAUGCAAUGAAGGUCGCCAAACUGCAUUGACUGAAAUCUUGGAGAUACUGACAGUGGUUUGUGAAACUCACAAAUUACCGCUUGCUCAGACCUGGGUUCCUUGUAUGCAUCGCAAUGUUUUGGCAUAUGGUGGUGGCCUGAAGAAGAGCUGUACUAGCUUUGAUGGUAGUUGCAUGGAACAGGUUUGCAUGUCCACAACUGAUGCGGCAUUCUACAUUGUCGAUGCUCCUAUGUGGCAUUUUCGAGAGGCCUGUGUUGAGCAUCACUUACAAAAGGGUCAAGGGGUUGCUGGGAGGGCUUUUUUGUCCCAUAACGCAUGCUUCUGCAGAGACAUUACCCAGUUCUGCAAAACUGACUACCCUUUAGUACACUACGCACGCAUGUUUAAGUUAACCAGCUGUUUUGCAAUCUGCUUACAGAGCACUCAUACUGGAAAUGAUGAUUACAUUCUAGAAUUUUUUCUUCCCCCGAGCAUCACAGACAGUUAUGAACAACAAACUUUGUUGGGCUCCUUAUUGGCAAUAAUAAAGAAUCAUUUCCAGAGUCUCAAGGUUGCUUCCGGAAUUAUACUUGAAGAGGAAGGGCUUGUCGAAAUGGUUCAAGCUUCUACAAACAAGGAACUUGAGUCAAGACUUGAAUGUAUACGUAUACCCCGUUCCGCGGAAACACCACCAGGGCCUACCUUACCUAAUGGAGAAGAGAUGGUGCAGCUAGAUUCAUCAAAGCCACAGUUAAUGGUGGACUUUGAUCCUGCAAAUGAUGGGAGCAAUGCUGUUAAUGAGGGUGGAGAAAACAAUAUUUCUUGUCCAGAGAAUAAAGACAUAAGAAAGAAAUCAGAAAAGAAACGAGGAAAAGCAGAGAAAUCAAUUAGUCUAGAGGUUCUCCAACAAUAUUUUGCUGGGAGUCUUAAAGAUGCUGCUAAGAGCCUUGGAGUUUGUCCUACUACAAUGAAGCGCAUAUGUAGGCAUCAUGGAAUCUCCCGCUGGCCAUCUCGCAAGAUCAAGAAGGUCAACCAUUCUCUCUCUAAGCUACAGCGUGUAAUUGAAUCAGUCCAAGGUGCUGAAGGAGCAUUUGGUUUAACUUCUCUUACUGCAAGUCCACGUUCUGGUGCUGUCGGGUCAAUUUCUCGGCCUUAUAUCUUAAAUGGGUCUAAUCAGCAAAGCUCACCAAGGUCUAAACCCAGUGAACUUCAUGGUGAAAAGAAAGACUCACCCACCCCUACUACACCAGGAACAGAGGGGCAGGCUUGGAUAGAAAAUCAGUUGCUAGAUGGGGGGAUUCUGCAGGAGGAACUUCUUCUGGAACAUGGCAGGUUUCUGCUAGACGAUGGUAAAGGCUCAAACACAUCCAAAACGGGAAGCAGCUCAAGGGAGGCGAGUGCUGGUACCCCUACUUCUCAUGGAUCAUGCCAAGGUAGUCCUGCAAAUGGAAAUGCGUUGGUAAACAAUACCUUUGUUUCUUCCAUCCAUGGUCAAUGCAUCGAAGUGAAUGGCUUCCCUGAAUCAGCAGUUCGACCACCAAAGGAACUGAAUUUAUCAGUUGCAUGCUCAAUACCCGAUGCUGUCCUGAUGACAGAUCCCGAAGAACCAUGUAGAGGAAUGCUAAUAGAGGAUGCUGGAAGUUCAAAAGAUUUGAAAAAUCUGUGUCCUCAAGCAGACGCCAUGGUGGACGAGCAAGUUCCAGAAGCUUGUUGCACAAACCCCCCAUGUUCUGAUUCCGCUCUAAAGCCAUCCAACACAAUGCCACAUAUCAUAGCUAGGCAAGAAAUGAAGAGUGUGACCAUAAAGGCUACGUAUAAAGAAGAUAUUAUUCGGUUUCGUAUAUCUAUGAGUUCUGGUAUUGUGGAGCUGAAAGAUGAAGUGGCAAAGAGAUUAAAACUGGAAAUGGGCACAUUUGAUAUCAAAUAUAUGGAUGAUGACCUGGAGUGGGUUCUGAUAGCCUGUGAUGUAGACCUGCAGGAGUUUAUGGAAAUUUGUAGAUCAUUAGGCAGAAAUAUGAUCCGACUCUCGGUUCAUGACAUUAUGUCCAAUUUUGGAAGCUCUUGCGGGAGCAUGUAGGAAUCAGGAUUAAAUUGUAAAUAUGUUUAGUAACUUAGUUUAAGUGAAGAUAUAAGUACUUUUUCUUUUCUAUUUUUUUUGUCUGACAAAGUGUAGGUAUUGAUUCUUUGAGGUUGCUUCAGUUUUGCCCCCUCAUUGCCUCGAUUUCAAUGUGUUAUUUGUUACAGUUGGAAA